CACAUGUCUCGCGGCCAGGGCAGCGUGUUGGCAGAGAUGGUGCAGCCUGGUGCUAGCCUGGGGAGCGAGCCGGAGACGAUGGGGGAGGAGGCGGCACGUCAACGGGGCCCGUUCCAGGCCAGGAGCGAUUACAACAGCCUGGGCGCCCUCCUGCAGCUCAACCGCGAUCUCCAGGCCGAGAACGCCAGCCUCCGAGAAGCUAUUCGACAGAGUAACCUGGAACUGAAGGAGAGGUGCGGGGAGCUGCAGGAUUUCCAAGCGAGGGAGCGUCGGGUCAAGGAAUUUGUUGUGUGUCGGUUUCGCGAUGCUCGCCUCCUGGUCGAACAGCUCAGGGCGGCCAACAGCGAGCUCCGCAGGGCGCUAGCCGAGGGGAACAAAGAGGGGACCGGGCAAGAGUGCGCCAGCGGCAGGAGUUCCAUGGAGUCGUGCACCACCCUCACCGAGAGCACUGUGGCCAAGAGCCUGGAGGACGGGCCCUCGGGCGGCGCCGCGGUUGGAGACCAGGUCGAAGGGAAUGAGUUUGUUCGUCUUCUCAAAGCGAGGAAGGAGGAAUUGGAGGAAGAUUUGAAAAAACUCCGGGAACAGAAUCGGGAAUUACAGAACAAACUGGCAGUAGCAGGAUCUGUUGUAGUUAUACAGACACGGAUUGCACACUUCGAGCAGCAGGAGGAGAAAUUCAAACAGCAGGAGGCACAGCUACAACAACAAAAAGCGGCCACAGAACAGAAACUGCACGGUCUUACCCAACAGCUGGAGGUGGGUGCGGGGCCGGACGCCUCAAUGAUUUUUGUCUCCAUUGGCUACGGAUUCUUCGUCGAGCUGACCUUCAGCGAGGCUCUCCGCUUCCUGGAGAAGAAGACCCAGCAUCUCAAUGA